AGGCUCCGGGAUGGCGGGGCCGGGGGCCGGCGGCCGCCGGGGCUGAGCGGGGCGGGCCAGCGCCGCUGCCGCAGAGCCGCCGCGGCGGAGCGAGGUUGUCCAGGAUGGGCUCGGUGGGAGCCGAGCGCUUCAAGGAGCUGAGCCCGGCGGGGACGCCCGAGGGCAACGUGGUGAUGAGCUUCAGCUUCGACAGCUACCAGCUGGAGGAGGACGAGCUGCAGAGGGGCAGCCAGGCCAAGGGUGUCCUCACCUUCAUGGAGCCAGCUUCUGAGGAUCCCGAGCCCCAGGAUCGAUACCAUGGGAUUUAUUUUGCCAUGCUGCUGGCUGGGGUGGGAUUCCUCCUGCCCUACAACAGCUUUAUCACCGAUGUGGAUUACCUGCACCAUAAAUACCCAGGGACCUCCAUUGUCUUCGACAUGAGCCUCACCUACAUCCUGGUGGCCCUGGUGGCCGUGAUCCUCAACAACGCGCUGGUGGAGCUGCUGAGCCUGCACACCCGGAUCUCCGUGGGCUAUCUCUUUGCCCUGGGACCCCUGCUGUUCGUCAGCAUCUGCGACGUCUGGCUGGAGCUCUUCAGCCGCAGGCAGGCCUACGCCAUCAACCUGGUGGCUGUCGGGGUGGUGGCCUUUGGCUGCACAGUGCAGCAAUCCAGUUUCUACGGCUACACGGGGCUGCUGCCCAAGCGAUACACGCAGGGAGUGAUGACAGGCGAGAGCACCGCCGGGGUCAUCAUCUCGCUCAGCCGCAUCUUCACCAAGCUGCUGCUGUCGGACGAGAAGGAGAACACCGUCAUCUUCUUCUUCAUCUCCAUCGGCAUGGAGCUGACCUGCUUCAUCCUCCACCUCCUGGUGAAGCGCACCCGCUUCGUCCGCUACUACACGGAGGGCUCCCGCAAGGGCCUCCCCGAGACACGGGGGGCCGGCGACACCGGGACGGGCUACCGCGUCCACCACGACGUCACCUCCGAGGACGUCCGAUUUGAGAACCGGCAGCGGGGGCAGCCGAGCUCCCCCCGGGGCAGCCCGGGCCCCGAAGCUGAGCUGGCUGGCAGCGGCACCUACAUGCGCUUCGACGUCCCUCGGCCCAAAAUCAAGAGGAGCUGGCCCAGCUUCCGAGACAUGCUGCUCUACCGCUACGUCGUGUCCCGGCUCAUCUGGGCCUACAUGCUCUCCAUCGCCAUGACCUACUUCAUCACGCUGUGCCUCUUUCCCGGGCUGGAGUCGGAGAUCCACAACUGCACUCUGGGGGAAUGGCUCCCCAUCCUCAUCAUGGCCAUCUUCAACCUCUCUGAUUUCGUCGGCAAGAUCCUGGCUGCCCUGCCCUACGACUGGAGAGGGACCCACCUCCUCGUCUACUCCUGCCUCCGCGUGGUCUUCAUCCCCCUCUUCAUCAUGUGUGUCUACCCCAAUGGGCAGCCCACCUUCGGCCACCCUGCCUGGCCCUGCAUCUUCUCCCUCCUCAUGGGCAUCACCAACGGCUACUUUGGCAGUGUCCCCAUGAUCCUGGCCGCAGGAAAAGUGAGCCCGGAGCAGCGGGAGCUGGCAGGGAACACCAUGACCGUGUCCUACAUGACAGGCUUGACGCUGGGCUCGGCCGUGGCGUAUUUUGCCUACAGCCUCACCAGUACCUCCCACAGCACCUGUUUCUACACCGAAACCUCCAACGGCUCCUUCACCUUGGGGUACUGAGCCCUGGGGCGGGGGGGACAAGAUGGGACCUGUUUCCCACCGUUGUCCCCACCGCCCCACUUGGCCCAUGUCUCUCCUCUGGGACAGGGUGGACAGGGACUGGCAUCCUGUGGGCACAGGGCCGUGGCAUUCCAGAAAGGCCCGUGCUGCCCAGACAGGCACUGCACAGGACCAAUUCUUGGGGUGACAUUCCUCCCACCCCAGAGGACAGUCCUGUUGUUUUUGGGGGGAUCCCCAUCAGAGAUGUGCAGCUCCCCCAGUGGACGCUGGGGAUCUUCCGUUUGAGCCAAGCCAUUGCCAGGAGGAAGAAAAUACUGCCAAAUCCCAAAGGGAAUAGGACCAGUGCUGGGGAAGAAGGUGAUGGAGGGCUGGUGAGGAAGAAAAGGAGCAAGAGAAGAAGGAAACAUUCCUUCAGUCCCUGGUGGCUCCAGGAAGGUUGGUCUCGUCUUUUCAUUGAUGGUGCUGCAGGUUUUCACCAAGAAUGGUUUGAAAUCCCAAUCCAUCUCUAAACAUGCCAAUCGCUGUGUAAAAGAGCCAAUUCAGUUCUGCUGGUUGAGAAAAAAAUUAUUCUUUUUUUUGAUUGUGUCUUGUUUUGCACCCCCCAUAACUGCAGGAGAGGCAGGGUCUUGCCUCUCCCCCACCCCACACUGUGAAUCUGCCCCAUUACAAUGGGGCGGGGGGGGGUCCCCAAGGCUACAGCACUGCCAGUGCCACCCACAGGCCACUGCUGAGCUUUGAGAUUUAUUGCAAGGGACAUAAGUGAAGCUGAUUAAAUGAUUAAAUGUCUUUGCAAUGAUGGCUGGUCCUUACUUGCAUGCCACUGGCACUUGGCUGCUGGUGACGGGCUGGGCUGGCAAACACACACAAGAUGAUGCUGCUGCCUGCCCCAUGGGGUCUUGGGGUGCCUCUUGUGUUGCUCCUCAGCUCCAGGGUCCCCUUUGUCACCUGGGGUGGUUGGACUUGUCACCGGGUCCCAUUGGACCCCUGCCAGCCUGCAAACUGCUGCGGGCAGCAUGUGGGAGAGGGAAUGGGCCAAGAGGAGCAGAAAGGAUCUGGAGAAGGUGCCAACACCACUUUUUGGGACUGGCUGCACCUCGCUGUGCCAGGAGCUGGCGGGUGCCCCCUCCCAGGGAAGCAAGCCCAAGGAGGCGGUGAGUGCCAGGCUUGGCACCCCAACUUGGCCCCCCCAGCACCGGAGGGUCUUGCCGUGCCAAGCUCCCCGCUGGCUGAGGUGCAGCUCACACCAAAAAGAGCAAAUCCAGCAUUUCAUCCUCAACACAAGGUGCCAUGAGUGUGGUGGCCCGGGAAGGACUCACACCUCCUGCUCACAGACCCCAUCCAGCAGAGACCUCUGCUCAGGGGCCCCAUCCUGUCACCACAUCACAGGGACGGGUUCUCCCCAGAAAAGCCACACUGGCACCUGGGUUGGGUCUUUUCCCAAGACAGGGGCUGAGCCAAAAAGUGAUCGUUGCCACCAAGGGGGGAAAACCCCACGGUCAGGACAAGCGAGACAAAGAAAGAUGCUUCGCUGGGUUGCUUUUUUUCAAUUAAUUUUUUUUUUUUUAUGAAAAAAGAUCACACGGAGUUCUCCAACAAACAGAAUGCCAAAAAAAUUGUUUUAAACAAAACAUAAACAAAACAAAACAAAAAAGACAAAAACCUGGCUCUCCUUUCCUCUCGAUUGUCUGAAAUAUCCUUGUGUUCCAUAGAAGGCAGUGGGUUUUAAGUGCUUUCUAUUUAACAUUAGCAUAAAAUCUCUCUCGCGCGCUCUCUCUCGCUCUUUAAAAUAUGCUCACACAAUUUGCUUCUAGAAGUACAGUACACUUUGAGCGUGGGGGGGUGUGCCUGUUCCCAGAUCAUUUACAAUCACAAUCCAACAGGAAAUAAAAAAUAAUAUUCUAAA